AUGACCUUCUACUUCAAAGAAGCUGGCAAAGACCUCACCUAUCUCAUAGUUGUGCUCAUCGGACUUGGAGUAACUGGUGGGUUGUUGUAUGUGGUGCUCCAGGAGCUGUUCUCCUCCUCCAGCCCCAACGAGGUCUACAGCAAAGCCUUCAAUGAAGCCAGGUUACACCCAGAGGUGAUUGGAGUGUUUGGGGAGCCAAUCAAGUGCUUUGGUGAGACAUCCCGUCGUGGUAGAAGACAGCAAGUUAGUCAUGUAGAGUAUAUGAAGGAUGGACUAAAGCACAUGAGGCUGAAGUUCUACAUUGAAGAAGAAGAACCUCAGGGAACGAUGCACACGGAAUCCAAAGAGAACCCUGAAACUGGGAAGUUAGAGUUUCGCUACAUCUUGGUGGAAGUAGACACCUACCCAAGGAGAACCAUCGUCAUCGUGGACAACAGAUAAGAUGGAGGCUGACUCUUUUACCAGUCUGAAAAGGUGCUGGUGUAGGGAGUAAAUUAAUCUGUUGCUGAGUAAUAUUUGUGACACAAUGUCUUCUCAACAGAUGCCGAUACAGUUUUACAGAGUGUAUCAGUUUAAACAACAAAAUAGCAGAUGGCAAUCAAGUCUAUAUCUCCCGAUGUCUUGUUUUAGUAUUAGUUUUAAUGUUGAUAGCAUUGUCACAGAUAUGUUGGGUGAUUUAGAAAAAUGGGGUAAGAAGAUGAUUGUAAGCGAAACAGAUCACUACAGCCAACGCUCAGGACAAUUUCUUUAUUUUGAGACGAGAGGGAGCAUGUUGGAUGGUGCUUCUUUGAGGUGGCUGUUGCCUGCUGAUUGCCAACCAAUGGCAUGCAGUGUUGAAGUUCCAUAGGAUUACAGGCCUUCGUGAAGGAAUUAUACCCUAAACUGUUGCACAGAUGCUAUUUGUGUUUCGACACUCAAAAGUGAGAAUGUAGCCUAUUUUCUUGGUUGUGGAGCAGUACUAAACGGAGACACAAACCUGCCCAAGAGAUCAUUGGGAUUUUGCUUAAGAUGAUUUGGUGUGAAAGUAAAAGUUGAGAAAUGAUUUGUCAACAUUAACGAGUGUGUUCCUGCGAUGAGAUUUGACAUCUCGUGAGCUAAAUAUUGCAUUGCCAUUUAUACCCCUUGGAAUUUAAAUGUCAAUCACGUUUUGCAAUUGUGCUCCCCACCUUCAAGUGUAUUG